GCCAAAUGCUGAUCAACUGGUUCGUGAGUGCCUUCAGCGAGGGUCACUACCUCCGGCAUGUGAUCACUCCGCAGGACUUGAAGAUCCUUGCCACACAGUUCUGCACGCAUCUCCUAGCUGCGGGAGUGAUCCGUCAGAUUGAGGAUUCUGGGGCUCCUCUUGAGCUUCUGUUUAGGCCUGACCUUAUGUAUUACUGGUCCCACACGGAGGCUUCACCAGCACAGAUCCUAACCCCAGGCAAGCUCUCCCCUUCAGCCUGGCCCCCACCUAACUUUGCUGAGCUCAUUUCCUCAUCCCGUCCAGGGGCAAAGUACACAGAGGCAGGCCUACUCCCUGAUGUAUCCCCCCAUAGCGAUACUAAUGGGAUAGUUAUCGAAGCGGAAGUUGACGAUAAUAAGAACGGGGAGGGAGAAGAAUUCCAGCAAGUGGUGAUGGGACUCAAGAGAGAACACAAGGAGUCUCUCGAUCGCGUGGAAAGGGACCAGGAGGUGAAUCUGUUCAAUCUGCGAGGGGAGCAGGCGGAGAAGCUGUGCCAGUAUGAGCAGAAGAUUCGGGAGCUGGAGGUUGAGCUGGAAAAGCUGAAGACCGUCUCGGCGAUUCAGGAACUCACAGCCAAGACGUGUGCGGACUUUGACUCGCCCUCGAUACCCCUGUCCCCUAAGAAGGCAUCAGCAUCCCCUGGUAGUGGCCCACCGUCACUGCCCCUCCCCCCCACCCCCCCAUUCCCCCAGUCCCCCCUCCACUGGCCCAUCUGCCCCCCGCCUCCCCACCACCACCUCCAGGAAUGCUAG